AUGUCGCUUCUGGCAGCGGACCUCGAGAAGCUUUCAGUGGCAGACCUCAAGAAAAGGCUCUUCUGGGCCGGGGCAUCGCUUCCUGAUGGGCACCUGGAAAAGGCGGAUAUCAUCAGUGUCGUCAAGAAAGCCGAAGCCGAGAAGGCUGAAAAGUCUGCAGAGGCCGACCAGAAGAGGGUCGAAGAGGAGAAGGGCGUGCCCAAGCCUGAGCCUAAACCUCUGGACUUCAACAACAUCCAGUGCCCAGAUGAGGAGAAGCAGAUAGUCGAGCUGCACCUCCUCACAGAGAAGCAGUUGCGGGACAGGAUCGAGCAGGCCGGACACGACGUACCAAAGGGCGAUCCGAGCAAGCACUAUCUGGUCGCGCUCUGUCGGAAAGCCAUGAAGGAUCCCCGCGAGCCCAAGCCCAAGAAAGCGGAGGCCACCCAAGAGGACGAGGAGGAGGAGGCCGUGGUACCCAAUCGAAGACCGACAAUCGGGGACAGGGUGCAGAUCCGGGACACCAUGAUCAUGAAGCGGUAUUUGCCGGAAGCCAUCGGUAAGGUAUUCCGCAUCUUCAAAGAUGAUGGUGGGGCCUUCCCAUACAGACUAGCAGGUGUGGGGGAGCAGCGCCACUGGUUCAGCGAGGAUGACAUCUGCUGGCCGGUGAAGAAGGCUCAGAAGACCUUUAUAACCCCAAAGGAGAGGACGAAAGCGAAACCAGACAAUCAGCCCGAAAAGGUCGUCAUCAAUCACAACCGGUAUGGCUGCACUGCCGGAGAAGUCAGGGAUGUGCUCGGGGAGACGGCCGACAAGAGGAAUUGGGUGCUCAGUGGUGGCCGGCAAGUUCCCAAGAUGCACGAGGGGAGUGGUUGGAGUCGGAAGGUGGAGAAUUCCAAUACCAUUUGUGAUGUUCGCCGUCCACCACCCCCGCCUGGCUCAAUUCCUCGAGCGCCUGCGCCCGUGACCCUCAGUGAAGAAGAGAUGUUUGCUCAGAUGGAGGAAAUGCAGGCAGAGCUGGAUGCCCAAGAGGCCCAGGAAGCACAACCUCCCCAGGAGCCUCUGCCAGCCACAUCGCCCGACGCGCAGCCUGGCGAGCCAGUGACAGCCCCAACGCCAGCGGCGCCUCCCUCGCCAGCAAAGCCGAGUCCUCAGAAGGCUCAGGAUCUGGCGCAGAAGGACGAGGCGUCCGAUCAGGUUGCAACGGAGCCAAGCGUCAACGGCGCCAGUGUCAUGGAUCCUGGCGAAGAGAGGAGAAAGCGAAAGGCUGACGCGAGAGCUAAGGCACAAGCUGAAGGUGCAGCGCGCAGACUGGCGCGGAGGCAGCGUAAAGAGCAAACAGCUCAGACAGCGGCAAAGCUGACAGUUAGCGAUGACGAAGUGGAGGAAGUGCCGGCUGCUGCCGACGUGCCUAUCUCCAUAGACGACUGCCAUAAGCGAAAGAAGAAGAAGGAGAAGAAGCGAAGCAAACAGAAAGCAGCUCAGAGGGCAGCUGCUGCAAAAGCUGUAGCGGCAAGACCGGCCGAGAGGAUGGGUCGAGAGCGUGGCCAAAGCGACACAAGUGAGGCCGUUGAGGCGGAUCUCUUCGGAGGCCCCUCGGAGAUCAUGCAGUCUCGUGUUCGGUCUGCCAAAGAGUUCCCCGGAGCGCUUUGCACGGAGUGCCGGCAUCCGCUGGCCACCGCAGGACCAGAGGCAGCUGUGAUUGAGUUUCGUCGACCCUGGCUGCUAGAGCCAUGUCGGAUUCACGCACAGAUCCGAUGCUUGGCAUCUGCCGGGCUGCUGACCACGAGCCCACUGGGCCAGGCGCUGCCGACGGGGUCCAGGAGCAAGACCGAUCCCAUGCAGGGUCCCGGUACGCAAGGCGUUCUUAGAUCACUGGAGCGGCAGGAGAAUGCCGCCCAUGUGGUCCGAGCACCCCGCCUGCCGAAUGCGAGGUCACUGGCCGCUGCGAGGCAAAUGGCCGUGUCUGUCGGCCGCUUAAGCGAUGUCUAG